UAAGCUUUGAGUUUCUUCAAUUCAUUAAUUAGUUUAAUUAUCACAUUUAUAAUUAUUAUAUUCAGUUUAAUAUGAACCCUAACAUGCAGAUGAUGCUUAUAGUUCUAACAGUACUUGUGGUGUUUGCAUCUGGAAUUCAUGCAAGAAUUCUUCCAGAUUAUGCACCAGCAAUGGAUUCUUCUUCUUCUACAAAUUCAGUUUAUUCAGUGAAGGAGUUCGUCUGCAAAUGGCUUACAAGAUUAACCAACAUCAAUUCGGCCGAUAAUAUUAUUAAUUUAUGCGAUAAGGGUAUUAUCGUAAUAUCGUCGCCCGAUCUUGGCAAAACGAAAGCCCCAGCGCCUCCACCCCCCAAGCCCUCUCCGGGAUCACGUCCAUUAGUCGCUUAUAGUUGAUAUGUAUAAAUAUAUAUAUAUAUAUAUACACACGUCGAAAGAGCGAUCGAAAAUCGUCUUGCACGAACGUUUAGUUUAAUUUGAUAUAGCAUAUAUAGGUAAGGAUUGUGUGUAGUGUUAGAAUGUGAGGUUUGAUCAUUCCUCUAAAGGAAGUGUUAUUAAUUUCGAGAACUCCGGUGUAUAAUCCACGAAUAUUUGAUUAAUUUAAGAUUAAUCAGAGGAUUAAAUUAAA